UGUGACAACUGACAGUUGACGUAAAGAUUUUUGCCGAUCGCCAGGGUUCCGAAACUCGACCUAAAAUAAAAUAGAAAUACAAUAGAAAGAAAAAUAGAAACCAUUAAUUGCAUAUAAAUAUGGGAUAUAAAUUCCUAAAACUUGCCUCAACUCCUUUUCGGAAUGGCAGUUUGAAGAUUGCAGUCAGGCAGUAUUCAUCCACUCAUGAAGCUGAUAUUGUGGUUAUUGGCUCGGGCCCUGGCGGUUACGUAGCUGCCAUCAAAGCUGCACAGUUAGGAUUAAAGACCAUAUCAGUUGAGAAGGACCCAACCCUCGGCGGAACAUGUUUAAACGUAGGAUGUAUUCCAUCCAAAGCACUACUGCACAACUCGCAUCUAUAUCACAUGGCGGCACAUGAUUUCAAGCACAGAGGCAUUGAAGUUGGACAAGUGAGAUUCAACUUUGAAGCUAUGAUGGCUUAUAAGGCAAAUGCUGUUAAGGCCCUCACAGGAGGUAUCGCUAUGCUCUUCAAUAAGAACAAGGUCCAACUUGUGCGAGGUGAGGGAUCAAUUGUAGCACCAAACAAAGUGCAAGUUAAGGGAGAGAAAGGCGUAGAGACCAUUAACACUAAGAACAUUCUGAUUGCCACUGGCUCUGAAGUCACACCAUUCCCAGGUGUUACUUUUGAUGAAACCCAAAUCAUCACAUCCACGGGUGCAUUAUCACUCAAACAAGUUCCCAAAAAGAUGCUUGUCAUUGGUGCCGGUGUGAUUGGUCUCGAACUUGGCUCUGUGUACCAGAGGCUCGGUGCUGAUGUCACUGCUAUUGAGUUCUUGGACUCUAUUGGAGGAGUUGGCAUUGAUGGAGAGGUUUCCAAGACACUACAGAAGAUCCUGUCAAAACAGGGUAUGAAGUUCAAACUUGGUACCAAAGUUACCGGUGUGAGGAAAGAGGGUGGCGGUGUCAAAAUUGAUGUUGAAGCUGCCAAGGGAGGCAAUAAGGAAACUUUGGACUGUGACGUAGUUCUUAUCUCGAUCGGUCGCCGGCCAUACACCAAGAACCUCGGUUUGGAGAAAGUAGGCAUUGCCCUUGACGACCGCGGCCGUGUGCCCGUUAACAACAAGUUCCAGACCACCGUUCCUGGAAUCUACGCCAUCGGAGAUGUCAUCCACGGCCCCAUGUUGGCGCACAAGGCUGAAGACGAGGGUAUUGUGUGUGUGGAGGGUAUCAAGGGAAUGCCAGUACACUUCAACUACGACGCCAUUCCGUCCGUCAUCUACACAUCUCCUGAAGUCGGCUGGGUCGGCAAAUCGGAGGAAGAUCUUAAGAAAGAGGGCAAAGCGUACAAAGUGGGCAAGUUCCCGUUCCUGGCGAAUUCGCGCGCGAAGACGAACGGCGAGCCCGACGGGUUCGUCAAGGUGCUCGCUGACAAGGCCACUGACGUCAUACUCGGCACACAUAUCAUUGGACCCGGUGGCGGUGAGCUGAUCAACGAAGCGGUGUUGGCCCAAGAGUACGGCGCGGCCGCUGAGGACAUCGCGAGAGUGUGUCACGCGCAUCCCACAUGCGCCGAGGCUCUACGAGAGGCGAACAUGGCUGCGUACAUCGGAAAGCCCAUCAACUUCUAAUUUACUACAUAGUAUAAUAUAUAUUUAUUUGGUGAAGCAACGCCCGAGACGUAGUACCGUAGUCCACCUUAAGGAAUCUUGUAUGAAUCUGUCGAAUAAUGGGUAUUAAAGAUAAUUUUGUUACGUGUAAUUCCCUAUUAUUUAUUAUGAACACAGUGUAACUGCCAUGUACAUUUUUUGUUAAUAGAUUGUUACCAAUAUCUUCAUUCCGUUUCACGUCAAAAUCUGCAUUUACAUUCUGUAAAUGUUGUCUAUUGGUAUAUAUUAUUUUGUAAAUAGCUUUACGACCCCUAUAUGUAUGUGAAUUUUUCUGAGCAUUAAAAUAAAAUAAUUUUAAUCGAU